CGUCAAAAGGCAUUCUGUAUAUCCAGGGCUAUUUGCAUAUAAAUGAGAAACAAUGCAACUCAACUCUGUCUAAAGUUUCAGCAACGGACAACAACACAAGGAAACCCUUGAUCUCAAUCGAAAGAAAAUGAGCUCACAAGAGGACUAAUUCAAGAAUGACUUCUCAAAACUACCGUAUCAAUAUUAAUGUCUCCGGAAAACACUUUUCCGCUAAGUUACAAAGCUUAAGGAAGUACCCAAAUACACUUCUUGGCAGCGAGUUCUUGCGGUUGUUUUACGAUCAUGGCAAGGGGGAGUACUUCUUCGAUAGGGAUCCGGAGCUGUUUCGAUUCAUUUUGAACUAUUAUCGACUUGGGAAGCUGCAUAUUUCUGAGAUUGAGUGCCCGGGAGCGUUACAGGACGAGUUGGAUUUUUUCGGUAUACCGAAUUCUGCGCUCGACGAGUGUUGUAUAGGAUUAUUCACCAAGGUGAACCAAAUUGAGAACGUUCACGUGCCACACUGCAGGCACAAUAUAAAGAAAACGCUUGGAAAUCACGGCAAAAACGAAAAAAGAACUCACACUGUUAUCAAAAUGAAAAACGACGCGGGAGCAAGGAACAACAAACAUCAGAUUUACACUGAAAAAGUUGUAGAAAAGGAUGACAAACUGGCUAAAAAAGUAAAGAACGGAGAUGGAAAUACAAGGACAAGAAAUUCAAAAUUAACUUUAGUGUGUAGUCACAUCAAGAAUACAAGCGAUUCAGGAAAUAACUACAAAAAAAGCUAUCUAUCACAGAAAAUAUUAUACGUUUUCAAAAACAAGAAAAUCCGAGCUAUCCUACAAUAUUUGUAUGGUUUAAUGAUAUUAGGCAGCUCUUUGUGCAAUACUGUCGAGACAAUUGACUGCUAUCAAGACGUCAAAUGUGGACGACAUUACGUUAAAACCUUUUUCGCCGUGGAAACGUUUUUCGUGGCUGUUUUCUCAGCAGAUUACGUCAUUCGCCUAUUAUUAGCGGAUAAUAAACUCCUCUUUAUCAAACAAGUCUUAAAUAUUGUAGACCUGUUGGCCAUACUGCCCUACUAUUUAGAGCUAAUUUUCACGGUCUUGGUUGGUGCUUCCGACGUGCUUAUAACAUUUCGUGUACUCCGCGUGCUACGUCUAAUGAAACUAAGCCGCAAUUCACCAAGGUUACAGACUCUCGUUCUGACCUUGCGUAACAGUUUCAAGGACCUACUAUUAUUAUAUUUUAUCUUUAUUUUUGGUAUUCUAUUGUUUGGUGGAGCGAUUUAUUACGUCGAGAGUGGAGGCAGCAAUGCUGAUAAGUUUACUAGUAUUCCUCACUCGCUUUGGUUCACGUGCGUUACUAUGGUGACGACUGGGUAUGGUGACGUAGUACCUGUGACAAUAUGGGGCAAGAUAUUUGCAUCUUUGUGCGGUUUCUGUGGAGUUCUCAUCAUGUCACUGCCCAUCCCUAUCAUGCAAGAACGAAAAGCAAAUCAACAAUCGUGAAUUAGAAGAAACUACCACGCUGAAACUUAACAAGAGAAGAGUACUGGGAGGUGUGACUAUACUUGCUCAUACCUGGUAAAUAGUUUAGCUAAGCAAGGGGAGUACAGCAAAAUGAUAAGUAGAAAUAUCUAGUUGUUGUUUUUAAUAUAAGAAGUUUCGAUCUGUUUGUUAAUUUGCUGUGAUUUAAACUAGAUUUUACCGAUCGAAAGUUUUCGCCAUUUUUUUCUUUUUCUUUCUUAUUUUUUUAAAGAUAGCUUUCCGCUGACCCGUUUGAUCUUCGACUCGCCCCUUCGGGUUCGCAGGCAAUCUUAAAGGUCAGCGGAAAACUAUCUCACAAAAUAAAAUGGCGGAAACUUAAGGAAACAAACGGAAUUUUUCCAAGUUCCCUUGGCUAAAUGACUGCGUUACACUUUUGCUGCAGUGAAGUGUAAGACAUAAGUAGCAUCGCCAUUUUGUGCAACGAAGCAUGAUUGAAGAAGCACUAGCAUUAAAUUCAGCACUUGUGCGGCUCGAUGCAACAAAACGAGCCAAAGAAAUUACAUUUUGAUUUAUUGUAUCUUUUUAUACACUGAAAUUCAGAUUUUUGAUUAUACCCUAACAUUGCUUGAUUUCCGCUAAAUUUUAGAAGAAUCAUUCUAUAUUUUUACAAAAAUCAAUGUAAAUAAAUUAA